AUGAAUAAUCAGAAAAUUAUCAACAGUACUUACAUUACAAAAAAAAGAGUAUCUGCUGGAUCCUUUGGUGUUGUAUAUUAAGGAUAAGAUAUAAAUACAAGAAAUUUUGUAGCAAUAAAGAUAGAUAAAGAAAGUAAAGAAGAAUCAAGUUUAUAAAGAGAAGUAUUAAAAUUUCAAUUUUAGGCAGAAAUUUUAAGAAAACUUUAACAUUUAUAACAUAUACCCAAAUUUUAUUGGGCUGGAAAAGAAUAAGAUUUAUUUGUUCUAGUCAUACAAUAUUUAGGAAGAGAUUUAACUCAUUAUAUGAAGACUUUUAGAAAAUUUUCUUUAAAAUGUGUACUUAAUAUUGCUGAAUAGAUGAUUAACAUCUUAGAAAGCUUACAUAGAAAGUAUAUUAAUAACUUAAUUUAGUAAAGUGUUGCAUAGAGACAUAAAACCUGAAAAUGUUUUAGUUGGAAAAGAAGAUGAAGAAAAUUAAUUAUUUAUUGUAGAUUUUGGCAUAAGCAAAUUUUACAAAGAUGAAAAUGAAUCUCAUAUGUAUAUUUUAAUCCAAAAGCAUCUAGAUCCUUUAGAGAUAAUUAACCAUUUAUAGGAACAACUAGAUAUGCUAGCAUAAAUGCUCAUAAAGGCUAUUCCUUAAGUCGAAGAGAUGAUAUGGAAUCACUUGGCUAUAUGUUAAUAUUUCUACUUAAAGGUAUAAAGCAUAUUAAAUAUAAGGUUAAUUACCAUGGUAAAAUUUAUAAUUUACAUCAGAAGAGAAUAAAAUUAAGUAAGUUGGUUAGAUGAAAAUCAAAAUGAAAGUAAGUGAAUUAUGUCAAGGCCUACCUAUUGAAUUUACAAGAUAUUUAGAUUAUGUUAGAGGAUUAUAAUUCAAAUCAGAACCAAAUUAUAAAUAUUGUUAAUCUUUAUUUAAAAAAGUUUAGAUAGAACAUAAUUAUGUACCAAAAGAGUUAGUUNCACUAAUGAAGGAAUGGAUGAAUUAGAAUUCACUGAAGCUGGUGCAAAUAUAUAAGAUCUUAUCUCAGAAUAUUUAUAAUACUCAGAAAUUGAUAAUGAUGAAGAAUAGUAAGAAUGA